AUGGAAACCAAAAAAAUUAUUGCUUUCUUCUGUGUUCUUGUUACGCUGUUUUCACUCUCUUCCUUAUCUUAUUCUGAUAAUGUAGACCUUAACGUGAAGGUCGUGACUUCAAUAGCAACAACGGAUGAAAAUUUCAUCUGUGCAACUUUGGAUUGGUGGCCUUCUGAUAAGUGUGAUUAUGAUCAGUGUCCUUGGAAAGGAGUAGGCAUGUUCAAUCUGGACUUGAAUAACAAGGUUCUAUCAAAUGCCAUUACGGCAUUUAAUCCACUGAGAAUAAGACUAGGAGGAUCAGUAGAAGAUCAAAUUGUGUACCAAUUUGGUGGCAUGAAAACGUGUCCUCAAAUGACAAAGGACAAGGAUGGCUUGUUUGGUUUCAGCAAAGGUUGUCUCAACAGUACACGUUGGGACCAAAUCAAUAACUUUGUCAACAACACUGGAGUGAAACUCACAUUUGGAUUGAAUGCUCUGAUGGGGAAGAAGAAGGCCCAACAGGACCAAGAGGACAUUCUCUGGGAAGGAGAAUGGGACGCAAGCAAUGCAGCUAGUCUCAUGGCCUAUACUGUUUUUAAAGGAUAUAAGAUUGAUUCUUAUGAAUUAGGAAAUGAGCUGUGUGGUAGUGGAGUUUCUGUGAGGAUAGAAAGUAUUCCAUAUGCAAAAGAUAUGACUAAACUCAGAAAAUUAGUGAAUGCUAUGUACCCUAACCCCAAAACAAGACCACAAGUGCUAGGACCAGCUGGUUUUUAUGACAAGGAAUGGUUCAAUACCUUCUUGCAACAUACUGGACCUGGCGUUCUUGAUGGAGUCACCCACCAUAUUUAUAACCUUGGUGCUGGUGUGGAUAAGACUUUGAUUAACAAAAUCCAGGACCCAUAUUUCUUGAGCCAAGUUGCUCAAACAUUCAAAGAUAUAUCAAUCGCAGUGAAGGAGUAUACACCAUGGGCACAACCAUGGGUUGGAGAAUCUGGCGGAGCCUAUAACAGUGGAGGCAAAGAUGUGUCACAUACGUUUGCUGAUGGCUUCUGGUACUUGGAUCAACUAGGCAUGACCUCAACAUUCAACCACGCGGUUUAUUGCAGACAGGCACUAGUUGGAGGAAAUUAUGGCCUGCUUAACACCACAACUUUCAUCCCUAACCCAGAUUAUUAUGGAGCUUUGUUAUGGCACAAGCUUAUGGGAUCCAAAGUUCUCUCAGUCAACCAUGAAGGAUCUCCAUACCUGCGUACAUAUGCUCAUUGUUCCAAAAACAACGGUGGUGGUGUGACUUUGUUGCUGAUAAACAUGUCAAAUUCUACUUCGUUCUACGUGACUGUUAAGCCAGACAUGAAUCUGUACCCAGACCAAAGUGAAAAGUUAAAGAAGAGAGAGGAGUACCAUUUGACACCGGAAAAUGGAAAUAUUCAAAGCGACGUCGUGUUGCUGAAUGGAAAAGCUUUGAGGUUGACAAGGUCACAGGAUAUUCCUGCCAUGAAACCAGUGCUUGUGGAUCCUUCUUCUCCAAUCGCUGUGGCGGCUGAUUCCAUUGUCUUUGCUCGUCUCAAUAACUUGAACGUACCUGCAUGCGUUUAGUUCUAUUAGUUAUUCUUUCGAACUGUUU